AACCGGAAGUUGUGGUGUCCAUGGUAACAAGGUAAAGUGACGCUAAACCGAAGUAGACUGUGUUCGGCUGCAGCUGCAGCUCUUUGACAGAAGAGUCAAAUGUCCAGAAAAGCGCUGAAAGUCGUGGUGGAGUUAAACUUCAGAGCGGUUUCAUGUCCUGGAGUUCAUCUCUCAGCCAAGGAUGAUAUCUACCUCAGCAUGUGCUUCAUGGGCCAGUACCGUCAGUCUGAAUGUCUCCCUGCCAUCUUUCCUCUGCUGUUUCAUGAGAAGAUGACCUUUGAAAAGAUUUUCAGGCAUGCAGUUGACCCUGGAGACAUCGCUGUAAUGCUUGAGUAUGAGACGGUCAGAAUUGAACUGGUGCAGCUGAUUCCUCCAGUGGGUGACACUCUGGCGUGGUUUGAAGAAGAUGCUCGACGUUUCUUAUUCCCAGAGCCCAAACUGGUUCCCUCCUUCUCUGGAGUGGAUCGAGAGGUCCUGAUGACCCGAGCACCUCACUUUCCAGGUAUCGCUCCCAGGUUGGAGUUUUCCACCAAAACAACCAUCAUGGAGUGUUCAGCUGAUGCAGAGACUUACAUUUACCCCAACAAACCCUUGAGGCCAUUGAUCAAGAGGAACAGGAAACGCUCGAGCAGGGCGAGGACCUCAUCUCCUCAGAGGAAACCACCUCAAAACCUCAGAAGGAUACGAAGCGGGAGGGAAAGACACAGCAAGUCACCGUUAAACAUGUCCAGAUCGCGGUCCCUGUCCCCUCGGAGGGCUGGAAACACCCAGCGUUUGGCCCGACUCAGACUGGACUCUGCAACUCCGGGCCCUGCAGACUGGGACACAAGCAGCACCUCCCAGCCUAUGCUGGCUUCGUGGCCUGGAGCCAGUCGUUCUGCCUCGCCCCACCGCUCUGCAGUGUUUACCAACUCCUCUUCACCUUUGACCAGGUCUUCAUCCACAGAGAGAUAUUCUCCUACUGGCAGAAGAAAAUCUUUAACCAGUGGUUUGGUUGGAGGGAUAUCAGGAGAUGAAUCCAGCUCUUCAGAAACACAAGACUACCACCAAGAUCCUGACCCUUCAAGACUGUGGCAGUCUUACAGGGAACAGGCCAGGCACAGCAGGUCUCAGUCCGACCCACACAGAGAAUGGGAAGAGGUCCAAGAGCGUGUCAGGGGACUCCUCACCACACCAAAAGCUAUACGCCGACUUCACUAUGGGGCCACACACUCUGAGAUAGACAGGGUUUUAGCCCAGCGGUCCAUCUCUCCAGGUCCAUGACGUCCUGGGCCAGGCUCUGGAAAGGGAAAGAGACCAUCACCUUGCCAAUGAAGUCCUCAGAUGUCAAGACUCUUGUGAUAAUUGUGUGUGUAAAACAGAGACGUGUUUGACUGCAGUGGUUUGAUUAAUGCCUACACAACCUGUA